AUGAGCGCCCCAGUCCCAAUCCCCUUCUCUGAACCCCCUUACCUCCUCGGCCUGCCCAGCCCUCACUUCACCCCGUCGCACCGCGCAUGGCAAGCCGCCAUCCGGCCGUGGCUGCAAGCCCAGCUGCACGCCCACGCAGUAGAAUGGGAGCAAUCCGGCACGCUGCCCCCCACCGUGUUCCAAACCUUCGCGCAAGCGAAUAUGCUCAUCCCGUGCCUGCCCGCUCCGCUACCCGCGUCGUGGCUCAAGAAGCUGGGCAUCCACGCGCUCAUGGGCGGGUUGCGCGUCGAGGACUUUGACUCGCUGCACCAGUAUAUCUUUGGCGACGAGAUGGCGCGGAGCGGGCUGGCGGGCCCCGGGGCGAGCUUGACGACGGGCAUGGCGUUUGGGGUGCCGUUGAUCCUGAAGUUUGGGAGUGCUGAGUUGCAGGGGAGGGUGCUACCUGACUUGCUGAUGGGGAGGAAGAGGUGCUGCAUCGCGAUUACGGAGCCCGACGCGGGCAGUGAUGUCGCGGGGAUUGUGACCACGGCCGUGAAGAGUGAAGAUGGGAAGUGCUGGGUUCUGAAUGGCAGUAAGAAAUGGAUAACGAACGCCAUCUGGUCCGGCUACGCCAGCAUGGCGGUGCGCACCGGCCCGCCCGGCAGCGGCGCGUCCGGCAUCUCGUCGCUGCUGGUCCCGCUCAAGAAUCACCCGGGCGUGACGAUGCGCCGGAUCAGUGUUUCGGGUCUAGCAUCAUCCGGCACGACCUAUAUCGAAUUAGAUGACGUGCGCGUCCCUGUCGAGAACCUCAUCGGCAAGGAGAAUCAAGGGAUGCGCUAUAUCAUGACCAACUUCAACCACGAGCGCCUGGCCGUCGCGACUGGGGCCACGCGACAGGCCAGGGUGGCACUCUCUGCUGCGUUCGAGUACGUGAUGAAGCGCGAGGCGUUUGGCAAGCCCCUUGUCGAGCAGCCCGUGGUUCGGCACCGGCUGGCCAAGGCCGGCGCUCUGCUCGAGAGCCUGACCGCGUGGGUGGAACAGUUCGCGUUUAUGAUGACCAAGCUGCCACACCGCGAGGCAGAUAUUCUUCUCGGCGGCCCGACAGCGAUGCUGAAGGCGCAGGCGGGCAUGGUGCUCAAGGAGUGUGCUGAUACGGCUGUGUUGCUGUUUGGGGGGAACGGAUAUACCAAGACUGGGCAGGGGCAGCUCGUCGAGAUGCUUUACCGAGACGUCAUGGGAGCAAGAAUCCCCGGCGGAUCCGAGGACGUCCUGCUCGAUCUCGCUGUACGCCAGCUGGUAAAGAUAUACAAGGUGCACACCAACAUGCUGCAGGCUGCCGCAACGCCAAAGCUGUAG